AUUGGAGAAGGGAACCCUCGUAGGCGGAAGAAACGAGAGGGCGAUCAACACGCGAGGAAGAGUACGGAGAGGGAAGAGGGCCAGGUGAAGGAGAAGAGCAGGAGGAGGAGGAGGAGGAAAAGGAGGAGGAGGAGGAGGAGGAGGAGGAGGAGGAGAAGGAGGAGAACGUGGUCACGAGCUUUGUUGAAGGCGCCUGCGCUCCAACACUCCUUCGGCACCUUCGGCUCAUCGGCUUCGACUAGGCUCAAGUGUCGCGACGACGUAAAAGCUCGCGUCGCGAUGCGUCGUGACCGUCAUCGCGCGAUCGUACGAGAAGUCAUUCCGCUCCGCUAAUCGGCUCCGUAGCUACUCGUUUAUCAUUCCGCGUCACGUGGCGAGUCGGCAAAACGUGUUUGUGCUGUCAGUGGCUGACGCUAUGCUUAAGUGGUAUACACGUGAUGGUUCAGUAAACAGUUCAAUAGAGACGAGUUGUUUCUCGAAAACAAAUGAGAAUUGCAGAUUGGUGAAUGAGGCGAGAAUGCGUUGAAUUUGGCACGGAUUGUGUCGAUGUGCACAUGUAGACAGGGAUACAGCGAUAGAAGAGAAAUAUUAACGAUGGCGAAACUGGCAAGCAAUCCUAUUAGUAACUUCUGCAAUAUAUCAUUUGCACGUAAGUCGAAAAAUGUUCGUUCAACGAUAUUGCCCAACGCAUAGGAGGAUAUUCUUCGGAGGCGCUGUACGCCGAUCAAAAGUAUUAUCAAAUGAUACGUUAACCAAGAGAUACUCGUUAUCAUUCUGAGAAUCGCGAUCGGCGCGAAGGAAAAAUCCAUUGGAUGAGAAACGGAAGAUAGACGAUUCAAAGAUAGACGUGGUGGAUCCGCAAAAGUGGAGGAAGAGCAGGAGAGGGAGGAGCCGUUGCUGAGCGUGGAGGGGGCGGAGGUGAGAUCGUCUGGUGAUGAUGAUCGGUGGCGGCGUCGCGACCCCUCCUGGUACUGCCAAGUCGGCGGCUGCGAUCGACAGCGAAAUGGUACAGGUCGACGGCAUUGGCAGUGGUAGUGUCAGUGGCAGUGCUAGUGGUAGUGGUAGCCCGGCGACGGGUGCGACCACCACGCGCCUCACGAACAAUAACAACAGCGGUAACAAUAACAAUAACAACAACAACAAUAAUGGGGAGAUCAACAACAGUAAUGAUGGGCACGGAGUCGUCAAUUGCACCGGCACGACCGCUUCGAGUGCGAGCGACAAGUUCUGCUGUCAGGACGAGGACGUUCCCGCCAGCACCGGUGUCGCUCGGCCUUGGGAACCACCAUCGCCGACCUUCUCCCAGACGAGAUCGCACCUGCUACAGGUACAUCCGCCGCAUCACCACCAGCAGCAUCCGGCGGCACAUCAUCAUCAACAAUUGAAUGUACCAGCUUCCCUGAUCGAUGGUGUGAAUUUGCAAAAUUGCACGGCCGGUCCGUUUGCCAGCGGCAAUAACGGCAACGCAUCGCGGCAACGUCUAAUCGAAUUGUCACACGGAUUAGGAGCGUUGAGGCAUUACAACGAUCUCGCUAACCACGUGCUGUCAUUAAACCAACAGGGCGCAGUUGUUACGAAACUUUUAGGUACGUUGCGCCCGCCGGGUCUGAUCGGUGGCAGUAAGCCGAAAGUAGCAACGCCGGCUGUCGUCGCUAAGAUCGAGCAAUAUAAAAGGGAGAACCCGACUAUCUUCGCCUGGGAAAUUCGGGAGAGGCUAAUCUCCGAAGGAGUCUGCAGUAACGCGACAGCGCCGUCGGUCAGCAGCAUCAAUCGGAUAUUACGGAACCGCGCCGCGGAACGCGCGGCCGCGGAAUUUGCGCGUGCCGCCGGCUACGGCCUGUACGCGGCCGCCGGGCCGCAUCCGUACUUCAAUUCGCACCAGCACCCGACGACGAGCCACCAUCUACCGGCGGGCUGGCCGGCGCCGGGAGCAGCCGGACACCCGUGGAUGCUGCCGCCACUUGCCACCGGUAUAUCCGGCGCUGCCGCGUCGGCUUUGCUUUUGCCACCGUCCCUGAGUCCCGGUGCGGCCGCCGCUGCGGCCGCGGCCGCGUCCGCGUCCGCCGCGGGCACUUCCGAGCAUGCGCUUCAUGCCGCCGACGCGAUCGCUCGUGGAUAUUUGCAAGAUGGUGAUGGAGAUGACGGAAGCUUAGACGGGUCGGAGCAGCCCAAGUUCCGACGCAACCGCACGACUUUCAGUCCAGAGCAGCUCGAGGAGCUCGAAAAGGAAUUCGAAAGGUCGCAUUACCCGUGUGUGUCCACGCGCGAACGUCUCGCCUCGAAAACGUCGCUCUCGGAAGCCCGCGUUCAGGUUUGGUUUUCCAACAGACGGGCAAAGUGGCGUCGUCAUCAGCGCAUGAAUCUCUUAAAACGUUCGCCACCACCGCCUCCACCACCACCACCACCACCGCCGCAGCCGCAGCCGCCGCCGCAGCAACCGCACUCCGCUACGUCCGCUAUGGAAAUCGGCCAGCGUACGUCCAGCUGUUCCAUCGCCGGCAUGGGCGGCGAAAGUAGCGCGUUUCGCGCGGUCGUCGCCAAUUCCGCAACUAGAGACGCCGGACUCGACAGACCCGAAAGGAUCGACAGGCACGAAUCGGUGCCGAAGCAACCGGAAAGGAAACCUAGCGCCUUCCGGAUGAUCAGUCAAUUAGUGGGUGACGAUUCGUCCGGGCUCUCGAGACCGACCAGUCCCGUGUACGAUCAGCGACAAGGAUCUGGUCUUGGUCCGCGCCCGGGAUCGGCACAUAGGAUACGCUACGAUCAGAACGAGGACGAAGACGAGGAAAUUGACGUUCAAGAUUCCGACCAGGAUGUACCGUCUUCGCCAACGGUUGCUUGGAGAGAUCAUUGGACUGACCAACAACCGUUGGAACUGACAAAGCACGAUCGUUGAACAAGAGAUGCGAUAUCUCCAUUUUAUUUCGACCGUUAUGAUCGUUGAAUCCGGAGUGAUGAUUUUCGCGAAAACAUCGAAAACAUCGAACGGCUUGCAGUUUAUUUAUUGAAAAAUAUUGGCUGGACGAAUCUCGUGGAUCGGUGACUACCAGUGUUCAAGUGCGACGUCGCCCCAGUUCUUUAUCUUUCUUUAUUGGUGAUCGAUAAGUGAAAUGUUCUCGUUUGCUUUACGGUGCACGAAGUACAGUAAGCCGAAAAAAUAGCGGAUACUAACUAUAAUCGCAAAACGUCGAUCCGGAAUCAAUUGUUCAGUUGACACGCCAAUGACCGAGUGAUAAAUCGAUAACGUGCCGCAUUAGCAGCGGACUCGAUUCAACGAUUGACCGGCGUGUAGCGUCAGAUGCGGCACUGUGGCUAUAAUCCACCUGAUGCUACAAAUGCUUCGAAGCACAUUCCUUGAUUAGUCAAUUAGUAAAAUUCUUUAUGCUGAUUGGUCAAUCAAAUGCUUCGAAGCAUUUGUAGCGAUCAAGUGGACCGCACCCCGUGUGUGUUGCAUUUUUUUUUCUUUUCUCAUUAUUGUCGGGCUGGCUCUUCUCCAUUGGUUGAAGUUUCCAAUAUCUAUGAAACUGUGCUUAUUAUACGACAUGGACAAUUUCUUACGAUCGCGGAUGCGAAUAAGUGUAUAAUAUUGUGAGCUGUAUAAUAUUAAAAUGCAACGUCAUUGUAAUUAUUAUUGUUGGUUAUAAGUGAUCGAGGCGUACCGCGUGACAAAAGCAAACGCUGUUAGAUCGUUCAAAUCUACCUGGGGAGCCGCUCGCGCGAGUAGAGAAUAUAAAAAUAACACAUACCGUGAAGAAAGAAUGAGAUUGUUCGAGCUCAUUCGGAACUAGUCCUAGCGAAUCUUUAUGAAUUAGGGUUAUGCGUUAACUGGAUAUUUGAAAUAGAAGUAAGCGAAAAACACAGAUAAUCCUAUACGAACUGUGUUAAAAUAAUGUUUAUUUAAAUGAAACCGUUUGUAAAUAUCCACACAUGGCGUCACAACUCAUUUUCUCUUGCAAACUCUUCCAAAAUUUUCUUUUUAAUUAUCCUCCGAAGGACAAAACAGUUUUAUUGGCGAGCCAUCGAAUAUCCGCACAAUGAAAUAUGUUAUAUUGAAAUAAAUUUACAUAAAUAUCA